CGGAGAGUCGGCAAUCCUUCCCAUUGUUUCUGUAUGGUUUCUGUUUUGCAAAUUUUCAGGUUAAGAAACGUCAUGGUCAUAUUCGCUUUAAUUAUUUAAUUUUGUUUAUAAGAAAUUCUAUUUUUAAAUUGUCCAAGCACUACCUUAAACUGCGUGAGGAAUUAGUUGAGUCGUUGCUUCACCGACUCUAGAGAUAAAUGGCUACUUUGGAAGAUAAAAUAUUGGGGGAAAAACUGCACAAUUACUGCAGUAGCAGCGAAGGUAGUGAUAAUGAAGAUUCAGGAGCAGAAUCCAGCGAUAAAAAAGCUGCCGUUGCCAAAACUAAUUUACCCCUGGAAAUUAACAAGUGGGAGGGUUCAUCUACGAAUACUGGACCCAAAGGUGUAAUCGAGGAUUGGAGAAAGUUCAAGCAGCUGGAAAGUGCAAAACGCACUGAAAGUGGCAAAGAAAUGGUGGAACUGGCAAAGAAGUUAACAAUGACUGUUCGAACAACGUUGGAGGACGAAAGAGAGCAAGCUGCCCUGGAAGAUCCGGAACUUGCUGAGUUGCUUGAUGACGACUUUUUGUUGCACUAUCAAAAGCAAAGAAUCGAAGAAAUGAUUCAGCAGACUAAUCUGAGUAAGAAGUUCGGUGACCUGAUGUUUCUGAGAAAUUCCAAGGAUUUUUUAGAGGCAAUCGACAAGGAAGAUAAAACGGUUACAGUAAUUAUACACAUUUAUGAGGAGCAUGUGCAUCCUUGUCGAUUAAUGAACCAGUGCCUUAUACAGCUUUCAAAAAUUUAUAACACUGUAAAAUUUGCUGCAAUACUUGCACCUUUAGCGAGUGUAAGCAGGGAAUUUAGAGCUGGUGGACUUCCUGCUCUGCUAGUUUACAAAUCUGGCAAUAUAAUCGGCAAUUUUGUGAAACUGACGAACGAUCUUGGCGAUAAUUUUCAAGCUGAAGAUGUACAAAGCUUUUUGGUUGAACAUGGUCUUUUAGAGGACAAAAGUUUAACUCCAGCGCUUGUUAAAAAUUCAGCUGCCGAUGGCUCUGAUAGUGAUUAAUUAAAUAUUGAUAUUAAUUCCGUUCUAUAACUUUCAGUUCACGAUUCAACACACGCUGAAAGAGUAUUUUAUUUUGUACAAAACACAGAAUUUGUUAGCAGAUUGAAGAAUUUCUCCACUUCCUUAAAUUGUCGAUUCUUAUUUGUGUUUUAAGAGCAAGUUGAUUUUUCUGCCUGGUACGUCCAUAAGACUGAAGCCGACUUAAGUGAGCGAGAAUUUGAGUAAUAAAAUCUUCACCGCAUUUAGCCGAUGGAUCGUAUUGAGCUUAACUGUGUUCGUUAGAGGCUAUAUUCUAUAUUUACUGUACAUAUUUUUUAUAUUUGUUACUUUAACUUAAAUUUCUGGUGUUAAGAAAAUCAAAAUUUACACAAACCAGAGUGAAAGUAUAUUAUAAGUUAGUUAUAUGUAUGUGUUUUCUUAUUAUGGUCUUUUCGAAUGUUUGUAAAUAAUCUAUUGCAACUCAUUUGAUCGUUUUUAACGUUUCGACUUUAAUAAUUUUACUUAUUUGAUAGAAAAUCCGUUGGAAGGUAUUAAACGUUUUUCAAGUAAAAAUAAAUCAAUCGUUUUGAUGUAACUGUAAACCUUAUUUUAAUGAUUCUUGAAUGAAUUAAUAUCAAGACGCAGUAUUUUUUUUUAAACCCGUUUAAAUAUGAUUUUCUGUAAUAAGCUAAAAUAAGUUGAAAAUUGAGAACCAUUAAAUAUGUCCAAUACUUUAUCCUUUUGCUUGUAACAUUGUUACUAUGGUCAGUGAUGGAUCUUUCAAACUUAUAUGAAUAGUUAUGUUUCAUUUUAAUUUUAUCACAAAGCUAGUAUUACUUUAUACAAAUAUAUAUUUGUGCCAAUAUUUAUAAUAAAACAAUUUCACUUUUA